AUGGAGGGAAAAUCGGAAGAAGACAAUGGCGACUUCAUCGUUCUUGAUAGUCGUGAAGAGCUUCCUGACAUUGGGGAAGCUCGCUACUUCGACGAUAUUAACUCCCGAAAGGUCUAUGGCGAAAAGCUGCAAGCAAGUGUGGAGGAAAACCCUAGUGCCACUGAGGCGUGGCUUCUGCUGGCUAUUCAUCAGCUUGACCUCGACAUUGGGUUGGGGGAUGAAGCUGUGAAUCUAUCUGAUGACGAUCUUCUGCAGCGACAACUUCUAUUUCUAUGCAAGGAGCUGAAUUUGAAGCAACGCAGUGAUGCCUCUCAAGCUCUGGCUGUGGACGAAGCAAACCUGAAACAGUGUCUACAUACGCUGUCUCGAGCUUUAGAAGUUGAGGCAAAUGCGUAUUGUGAGGCACUGUGGCUUCUGUAUCUUCGCCUGUGCAGACAAGUGACCAAUCGGCAGACGGAAAUCGACAUGGUAGAGCAAGGAGUUCAGUUUCUGCCGAAUUCUCACGCCUUGUGGCUUCGUUAUAUUUCGACUUACGAGUUUGACUCGGUGGGCAUGGCGGAAGGAAUCUAUUGGCGGCUUCUUGAACAUCUUGCGCGAACGAACUCAGCUGAAGUUGGAUCUCAGACACCAAGUGCGACUAAGGAAGUGUCUAUUUUAUUGACAGCAAUAUGUUGCCAUCUCUGUAUUAAGCUGUGGCUUGCUGGGGCGACAAGUCGAGUGCUCGAGCUCCUGUCAGCAUUGCUGCAGCUUGACAACGAAUCUUCGGAGUUUGCGUGGUGCACUAUGGUGCGUGCUCGAUUACGUGGCGAUGAGGUAGUAGUGAUUUGUUUAUUUUUCGCGCAUAUUUUGCUGUUCAAGGAGUUGCCAGCACUGAUGGAGCACUGGGUGGCUGCUAGCAACAACGAAUGCGUUCCGAUCAAAGGAUUGUCGUAUACUGCCGAGUAUUUACGGGGUUGCAACCGUGAUUUCGAAAAGGUAGCCUUCACGCGAGCAUUUGGGGUGUAUGAACUCGCGUUUCAAACGCUUGGAAACGACUGCGAUGAGAUGUUGGAUGCUGGCAAUGUGAUACUGGGCAACUGGAUGCUUUUACUUGCAUUGCAGCAAGAUUUCAGCAAGAAAAAUGAGCCUCUCUCGGCCUUUUUUCGGGAAUACGUAGACAAGAUUCCACAGUAUCCUAGCGCGUCUCUCACGGCGGCAAAGUUGAUGGGGUUAACGUCGACCGGUGAGAAGCAGGCGUAUCAACUCAUGCUCACGAUGAUGAACCGGAACACAAAAGCUCACUUCCCUGAAGCCUUGCAUCAUUAUCUCUUCGCCUGUCGCCAGUCCCCAGCGCUCGUAGAUGCUUUGGAUAAGACCUUUCCGGACGUUAUGAAGCAGCUGGCGACUCUUUUGGAUGUUGAUACUGCUAAAGUGGAGAAGUCGAUCCAAGAUAUCAUGCAUGUAACUAGUAAAAUAUCUAAGUCGCGUGCUCUGAAGGAUUUGUUGGACACUUUAUUGGGAGCGUGGAUGGAUCAGCUUGCACUGCUUCGCCGGGGAUCAUCACAACCGCAAUCGACAGACAAACAAACGAAAUCUCUCGCAGACAUCUACGUGGGACUGGAUAUCGUUCAUCUGAUGGGUCUCUUGCUGGAGCCAUCUGUCGCUAUCGAUGGCAUCCAAAUGUUGUUGAGCUUACUGAGUUUUGGUAUUUUAUCCUUGGAAGCACGACAACUUGCGUGGAUGCAACGCUUUGUAUUUCAAGUGGAUUGUCUACAACAGGAAGAUUUAGACAGUGCAUCAUGGAGAAAGCACCAAGCGAUGCUGACUCAGUUGUUCCGAAAGUAUAUGGCAGAAAUGAGUGUCGAGACUGAGAUGAUGCGCCAAGUGUCGACGCGGAUUAAACGUGAUAUCACCAAUAGAGCGAUUGAAGACGCUGUGCGCGAUUGCCUGAGUCCGGAACGAAGUCAUUUAAUCACGUAUGAUGUACACCUUGAGCUAUUCCAGCUGUGCUCUGCUGCAAUUGCUGGACCAGAGAAGGCUGCGUUUUAUGCGUCAUGCACCGAUAUGCUAGCCAUGUCGUCCGAGUUCUCGCUUGCCUUUUCGGGUACGAACUGA